CUACGUGGCCGAAGUAGGCCCGUUUGCGCCUAAACUGAGACUUAGUUACACCCGCACUGGAUUGAUGGUGAGGCGGAGAGGGGCGGGGUCUCCGGCCGGAAGCGGAAGUGAAGGAAGGAUGCAGGAUCAUCAGCACUUGCCCAUCGACAUCCAGACCAGCAAACUGCUCGACUGGCUGGUGGAUAGAAGGCACUGCAACCUGAAAUGGCAGAGUCUGGUGUUGACGAUUCGAGAGAAGAUCAAUGCUGCCAUCCAGGACAUGCCAGAGAGCGAAGAGAUCGCCCAGCUGCUCUCUGGGUCCUACAUUCACUAUUUCCACUGCCUGAGAAUUGUGGACCUUCUCAAAGGCACUGAGGCUUCCACAAAAAACAUUUUUGGCCGGUACUCUUCACAGCGGAUGAAGGAUUGGCAAGAAAUCGUAGCCCUGUAUGAGAAGGACAAUACCUACUUAGUGGAACUUUCUAGCCUCCUGGUUCGGAAUGUCAACUACGAGAUCCCCUCGCUGAAGAAGCAGAUUGCUAAGUGCCAGCAAUUGCAACAAGAAUACAGCCGCAAAGAGGAGGAGGGCCAGGCAGGGGCUGCUGAGAUGCGUGAGCAGUUCUAUCAUUCCUGCAAACAGUAUGGCAUCACGGGAGACAAUGUCCGAAGAGAAUUGCUGGCCCUGGUGAAGGACCUGCCAAGUCAGCUGACUGAGAUUGGGGCAGGGGCUCAGUCCCUGGGGGAAGCCAUCGACCUGUACCAGGCCUGUGUAGAGUUUGUGUGUGAAAGCCCUACAGAGCAGGUGUUGCCGAUGCUGCGGUACGUGCAGAAACGGGGAAACUCAACUGUGUAUGAAUGGAGGACGGGAACAGAGCCGUCUGUGGUAGAGCGGCCAUGCCUGGAGGAGCCUCCUGAGCAAUUGGAAGAAGAUGCGAUUGACUGGGGCGACUUUGGGAUGGAGACAGUUUCCAAUGCCGGCAUCUCUGCUGAAGUCUCUGGAAUCGACUGGGGCAUCUCCCUGGAAUCUGAGUCAAAGGAUGCUGGAGUUGAGGGGAUAGACUGGGGAGAUGAUGCUACUGCUUGGCAGAUCACAGUGCUUGAAGCAGGAACCCAGGCUCCAGAAGGUGUUGCUAGAGGCCCAGAUGCUCUGACACUUCUUGAAUACCCUGAGACCCGGAAUCAGUUCAUUGAUGAGCUCAUGGAGCUCGAGAUCUUCUUGUCCCAGAGAGCAGUGGAGAUGAGUGAGGAGGCCGACAUCCUGUCCGUGAGCCAGUUUCAGUUGGCUCCCGCCAUUCUACAGGGCCAGACCAAAGAAAAGAUGGUCACCAUGGUGUCCACACUGCAGGAUCUGAUUGGUCGGCUCACCAGUCUUCAAAUGCAACACCUGUUUAUGAUUCUGGCCUCACCAAGGUAUGUGGACCGAGUGACAGAAUUCCUCCAGCAAAAACUAAAACAGUCCCAGCUGUUGGCUUUGAAGAAAGAGCUGAUGGUGCAGAAGCAGCAGGAGGCACUUCAGGAGCAGGCAGCGCUGGAGCCCAAGCUGGACCUGCUAUUGGAGAAGACCAAGGAGCUGCAGAAGCUGAUUGAAGCUGACAUCUCCAAGAGGUACAGCGGGCGCCCUGUGAACCUGAUGGGAACCUCUGUCUGACGUUCUCCCUCUGUGUUCUUGCCUGUCCAUCUCCCCAGCCUCAGGUGGAGGUGGGACUGCCGGGGCUGAUGUUGUGAAGCCCUUCCCCUCAAGAAGCCAGGCAGGCUGGAGGACAGAGAGCCAGAGGAAGGAACCAUCCCCUGGAUGGGGACCUGGCACUCUGCAAGAAACUGUUUGGCUUGGCCCUGUGGCCUAUCAGCCUGAACCACAGCUGCUGCUUGUAGUUAGUUGAAUUGGACUUAAUAAAAGAGCAAAAGCC